AUGAAAUGAAUCAAUUUGCUGAAGACGUUGAAACAGUGUUUCUUUGCCCUUAUGAUAUUGAUAUGACGUCAAAGCAGGAGGUCGAAUUUCGGAAAGCUACUCACUGUCAUAUCUGUGAAGAAAGUUUCAAACCUGGAGAGAAAAAAGUACGAGAUCACAAUCAUCUAUUAGCCGAAAACAAUUAUCGUGGAGCAGCACAUGAAGGAUGCAAUAUCAAUUAUAAGGAUAGCCACACGAUUCCUGUAGUGUUCCAUAAUUUAAGUGGGUACGAUGCCAAUUUUGUGAUAAAAGAUAUCGCUACAAGGAUGGAAGGAAAGAUUGAAUUACUGCCGAUAACGAAGGAAAAGUAUAUCAGCUUCACUAAACACUAUGAUGAAUAUUGUGUCAAUUUCCGAUUCAUCGAUAGCUUUCGAUUUAUGUCUUCCUCACUAGAUCGAUUAUCUUCAGGUUUAGAAGAUUUUCCCAACCUCAAAUCACAAUUUCCUAAUGAACCUGAGGAGCAUAUUAGUCUUCUCACAAAGAAAGGGGUAAUGCCGUAUGAUUAUAUCGACUCUAAUGACCGAUUCAAUGAAACUUCUCUCCCACCAAUUGAUGCUUUCUAUAAUAAAUUGGAAGGUGAGAAAUGUCUUCGAAGAAACUAUAUGAGAGCUCAACUAGUAUGGAAUAAAUUUCAAUGUCAGAAUUUGGGUGAAUACAGCGAUCUUUACAUGAAAACAGAUAUCCUUUUAUUAGCUGAUGUAUUUGAACAAUUUCGUUCAAGCUGCCAUAAAACUUAUGGAUUAGAUCCAACACAUUAUUUCACCUUACCGGGAUAUACGUGGGAUGCAAUGUUGAAAUAUACAAAACAGGAAUUGGAACUUCUCACAGAUGUGGAUAUGUUUCUGUUUGUUGAAAAAGGUAUUCGUGGUGGGUUAUCGCAGGUUUGUGGAAAACGGCGAGCUCAUGCAAACAACAAGUACCUACCUAAUUAUGAUCCAACUAAACCCGAAAAUUAUCUCAUGUACUUUGAUGUGAAUAAUCAAUAUGGAUGGGCAAUGUCACAGCAUCUACCAUAUGGAGGUUUCCGAUGGUCUGAUACAAAUAUUGAUGUAACACAAAUUCCAGAUGAUGCUUCUGAAGGAUAUAUUUUAGAAGUGGAUCUUGAAUAUCCCAGGGAAUUACACGAUAAACAUAAAGAUCUUCCCUUCUGUCCUGAACAUAAUGAUUCUAAAACUCGAACGCCUUGUUAUGCAUCUCAACAAAAUGCGAAACUUAUGGCUACUUUGAAAUCUAAGAAGAAAUAUAUUAUCCACUAUCGAAACCUGAAGCAGGCAUUGAGGAAUGGUCUUAUACCAACAAAAAUUCAUCGAGUACUCAAGUUCAAACAAUCUGCUUGGCUAAAAUCAUAUAUUGAUCUCAAUACUGAGCUGAGGAAGAAAGCAAAGAAUGAGUUUGAGAAGAAUUUAUUCAAAUUGAUGAACAAUGCUGUUUUUGGCAAAACUAUGGAGAAUAUCCGAAAGAGGGUGAAUGUUCAUCUGCUAACGAAAUGGGAAGGACGUUAUGGAGCGGAAGCUUACAUUUCCAAACCCGAGUUCAAGAAUUCUAUUAUUUUUGAUGAAAACUUGGUCGCAGUUGAACUCAAAAAACUAGAAGUAUAUUUAAAUAAACCAAUUUACGUGGGGAUGUGUAUCCUAGACUUGGCUAAGACAACUAUAUAUGAUUUCCAUUAUGACUAUAUGAAAGGAACUUUCAGAGAGGGAUGUACCAUACUAUAUACUGAUACCGACUCGCUCAUUUAUGAGUUAUUUGAAGAUCCUUAUGAGGUGAUGAGACGAGAUUGCCAUACACGAUUUGAUACCUCAGACUACCCUAAAAAUAACCCUUAUGGUAUUCCACAAGUGAAUAAGAAGGUAUUGGGUAUGAUGAAGGAUGAGAAUGAGGGUAUUCCGAUGACUGAUUAUGUAGGCCUCAGAUCUAAACUAUAUACAGUCAAAAAUUCUAAUGAUGAGAUUGAUGUGAAGAAACGACAAUGGGAGAAAGAAGGGCAUGACCCUGAAGAAAUUGAAUCUAUGGCUCAAAAUUAUGGUAUCACGAAGAAAGCUAAGGGAAUUAAAAAAUCUAUUGUAAAGAACAACAUUUGUUUCGAUGAUUACAUAGAAUGUCUGGAAACAUGGAAGCAUAAGAUUAUUUCACAAAAUUUGAUCCGAUCAAAAGAGCAUAAUGUGUAUUCGUUGACCCAAGAGAAGAUCGCUCUCAGCCCUCACGAUGACAAACGAUAUCUAGUAUCUGGAACCUUUUAAACACUACCCUGGGACCAUUAUUCCAUCAACAAACGAAAAACAGAAGAACCUGAUGAGCCAAGGAAGAAGAUUACUAUAUUGGAAACACUAUUAACUAUGUAACACUCUGUAAUUGUUUUCCACUAAUUGUAUAAUAAAUAACCAAAUUCAAUUAUUUGUAAA